UAAUUGCAACCCCUUAAUAUUAGUGUCAUACAGAUUGUUUUUGAUUUUACGGUAGGUAUAUGUCAAAUGUAGGAGUAAAAGGCAGGCACGUAUUAAUUAGUAAAUAUAUGUCAAAAUGUUUUAAAAUUUAAUUGGGGUCGAUUAUAAAACUAAAUCUCUAUGAUGGGAAACGAGAACUCCCAAUUAAAUGGUUUGGAAGUAGAAGAGAAAGCGACAGAAAUUACUGAUUUCUGGUCACAUUAUCAAGCCACUAUUAAGGAUAGUUGUAGAUAUUUUAGUUUCAAAGGAGAUGGAUCAGUAUCAGUAUUCAAAGGAGAAAUAGUUUUAGGGCCGUUAUGGAAUAUAUCAAGUCCACUAGAAAAGUUCUCCAAUAAUCUUUUGAAAUACCGCCACCCUUGUAUUGUGAGGUAUAUAUCAUCAUGGCAACAGCGAUCUACUUUUCAUCUUGCCACUGAAUAUGUACAACCUCUUUCCCAUGUUUUAAGUUCUCAGACGCCUCUACAAAUUUGUAUAGGUCUAAACAAUAUUCUUCGGGCACUAGUUUUUCUUCAUGAUCAGGCUGGAAUGUCACACAAUAAUGUCAGUGUAUCUUCAAUUUAUGUAUCUGGUGAUGGUCAGUGGAAGCUUGGUGGUCUGCAGUAUCUCUGUCCCUUCAGUGAACUCAAUGCAGCAUAUUUGAAACAUGCCAGGAUACACAGAUAUGAUAAAGCGGUUGAUCCCAAUGAAGAUGCAACCGAAAAGAACUCUAAAGUUGACCAAUAUGCUUUUGCUGUACUAGUUGACGAUGUUUUCAAAGGCUGUAGUGAUGGAGAUGUACCACAUUUAAAAGAGUUUACAAAUUAUUGCAAACAAAAUCUUCAAAAUCCCGACUGCGAAAAAAGGCCGAAAUUAUCAGAACUAUUUAAGGACAAUUUUUUCAAUCAUGAAUUUAUAUCUAUUUAUAAGUUUUUAAAUUUCUUACCAAUUAAAUCUGAUGAAGAAAAGAGUGAGUUCUUUGCUAAUGUGAUAAGAAACCUCAAAUGUUAUGAUGAAGCUACUGUAGCGAAGCAGCUCGGAGGAUUGUUGCUAUCAAGGCUAACACUUCUGGACUCAACUGCCAGGAAAGACGUAUUACCAUUCAUUUUAAAACCAAAAGAUGAUAGGAUACAGAAUGGUGAACACACAGGUUUCUUCUGUUUAAAUGUAUUCAAAGAGCAUGUGAAACCCAGGCUUUUGCAAUUGUUUGGUGUAAGGGACAGUCAAAUAAGGAUGUUGUUAUUAUCCCAUUUCAACAAAUUUGUUCAUGUGUUCAGUCACGAAGAACUAUCACAUCACAUAUUACCAGAGUUACUUCUUGGAAUCAAAGACACAGAUGACAGUCUAGUUGCAUCAACAUUGAUAUGUUUAAGUGAACUAGUACCUAUAUUAGGAGCAGACACGGUAGUGGGUGGCAAGAGAUCCAAAUUUUUCACUGAUGGUAGACCUAAAUCUAAAUCAAAUCAUUUGAAACCUGAAAAUGAUUUGUAUUUAGCAAAUAAAUCCCUAAGAGACCUUCAUGCUACCGAAAACGUUUUUCCUGAACGAAAACUAACUAAUUACGAAGAAAAUAUGGCACUAAAUGAAAGACCAACUCCUGUUGGUGGUGAAUGUUUAGAAAUUGAAAAUAUGUCAUGUGGUCCUCAACAAAAUAAUGAAGUAAAUUCUGAAGAUGACUGGGAUGAUUGGGAUAAUUCUAAUAGACAGUUAGUUAUGAAAGAACUUGAAUCAACAAACAUCGAAUGCUUUACUGAUGAAAAGAUAACAGAAAACGAUGUUACGGAAAUGAAAGAAACUAUCAGUGAUGUGACUGUUGAGAACAUUAAGCCUUCUAAACAUUCCGCGUUAUUGCAGAAAGCUGCUAUAGAAGCUAAAAGGAAUAUCAUUGACAUAUCGGAAUUGGACAUUAAAAAUCAAAAGAAUGAUUUUAAAAAAAAUGAUGAUUUUGAUUACUUUGCUGACAUGAUGCCCGUUAUUGAAAAACAACAAGUUAGUGUUGUGGAAAAAAUUCCAGAUAUCAGCAACAAACUUAAUUUUGUACCAGCUGGUAGUGAUGACAAUGAAGAUUGGGGGGAAAAUUGGAAUGAAUAGGACAUAGGAUUUGUCAUUAUAUGAUGUAAAUUUAUAAUCAAAGUAAUGUGCAGUGCACAGAUUAAAUAAAUGCAAUAUAUUUUAUUCUGUGCAUAUUUUAGAUAAUGUAUAUAGGCUGUAAGUUGAUGCAUAAUUUAUUUUAUUGUUAAUAUAAGUUCAAUGUAAAAAAAAAUACACACUACCUUAUUCAUAAUGCCUUUAUUUUUAAAAUUGUAUGGAGUAUUUCUUAAAUAUCUAAGGAAUAAUAUUAUUUAAGAAAUAGAGGAAAACAUUAUAAUCAAUCUACUUGACUAGCAAUAAAAUGAUUGAAUAGUCGCGUAUUUGAAUUCAUAACACAAAUAUAACAAAUAUAUAAUGACUAGAAAUUAAUAGGCUCAAUUUAUUUAAAGCACAUGUACACUUAAUUAUAAUGGUAACUAAUAUCUUUGGCAGAAGUCACUAGGUAGGUAACAAAUGUGAUGAUGUUGUUAACAUGUGAAGCAAAUCAUACUGUCCAAGGUCAAUGAUUUUAAAUCGCAAUCUUCUUCUGCUUGACCAGAUCCUUUGAACUCUCAUUAAAAACUUCUAUCAUUUGAUGGCGGGCCAUAUCAGAGAGGUUCUCUAAAUCAUUCCUGGUUAAUCCUUUUGUGGGUAUAGGUGGCAAAGUUGUGAUUACCACUUUCCCUGUAAGUCAUUAGUUUUUAAGUUAAUUUUAUUAAACCAAUGAUAUGAAACA